UACCAAUUUGAGCAGCGCACGUUCAUCGCAUUCGAAGUGAAAAGGACGAAGGAAGAAGAAGAAGGAAGGAGAAGAAGCAGCAGCGAUCGAUGGCGAGCAAUCUGGGGUGCGUGGUCGUGGCCGUCGACGGCAGCGAGGAGAGCAUGAACGCCCUCCGGUGGGCCCUCGACAACCUCAAGCUCCGGCCCCGGCCGAUCCCCUCCUCCUCCUCCUCCUUCGUCGUCCUCCACGUCCAGUCGCCGCCGUCCAUCGUCGCCGGCCUCAACCCCGGCGCCAUCCCCUUCGGCGGCCCCAGCGAUUUGGAGGUGCCGGCUUUCACGGCGGCGAUCGAGGCGCACCAGCAGCGGAUCACGCAGGCCAUACUGGAUCGCGCCAGGGAGAUAUGCUCCGAUAAGGACGUGAACAUUAAGACGGAAGUUGUAAUUGGCGAUCCGAAGGAAAAGAUUUGUGAAGUUGUGGAGAACUUGAAUGCGGACCUGCUAGUGAUGGGAUGCCGAGCUUUUGGCCCUAUUAAAAGGAUGUUUUUGGGAAGCGUGAGCAACUACUGCACCAACCACGCUCAGUGCCCUGUUAUCAUAAUCAAGGGAAAAGGCGAUUGUUGACAGCUGAAAUAGCUGCACCCUUUUCAUGCCUUGUGACCACACAAUGUAGGAUCAUGUUGUUGUUGUCAUAGCGUGCUUCACUGGAGCUGUUAUCAUUUGGGUUUGCAGCAGGAGCCAAUAUACCACCACCACACCAAUCUUAGCCAUCAGAAGAUGUAUGAUGAUACCGAUGGUACUUGUCGCCUCCUCCUGCUGCUUCUGUACUUUAUAUUCCGAUUUGUGUUUGUGCGUGUGUAUCUAUCCCAUUUAUUUAUUCUGUUUGCAUCAAAGCUUGGCCUGGAUGUUCACUAAGAAUAAUGAUGUGCAAUUUGCUCAUUUUUUAGCUGUGGUCUUUGUUUA